ACCAUAGUUGAAAAUGCCCAUAAAUUAAAGAGGUUAACUUCAACCAAUAAAGAAAUAUCAAAAUCUUUACUAAUAGAAACUGUAUUGACUGAAUCCAUUGGGAAGAUUGGUAAAGUUCCGAAGAAAAUAGAUCCACUAUCAUGUGAAUUUAAACAAGGUGACUACAUUUAUGGUUACGUAUUAGUAACCAACAAGACUAACGAGGAUAUUCCAUUUGAUAUGUUUUCGGUCAUUCUUGAAGGAUGUGCUAUAUUCAAUAGUAAUAGAAAUAAUAUCGUGUCUCAAAAUUCUCAUGUCGUUAGAUUCUUAACUAUGUUUGAUUUUAAUGCAUCUUGGAAUGAUGCCAAUCUUGAUAGAUUGAUUACUGAUCAUAAUAAUCCUUAUGUACCUUCGAAUGCUCUUGAUCCGGUGGAUAACACUUACGUUCAAUUAAAUCAUAAGAAAAUAUUUCAACCAAACGUCACAUAUAAAAAAUUCUUUACAUUUAAAUUACCUGAAAAAUUACUUGAUUGUACUUGUUAUCAUGGAUUCGUCAAGCAUUUACAAUUACCACCAACAUUAGGGAUCUCAAGAUAUGAAAUAAUAACGAAUUUAAGACGAAAGUGGAAAUCUAAAGAUAAUGAACCACCUAAUCCUAUUUUAGAUCCCGAUCAUCCUUCUUAUAGAUUUGCUUCUUUGGCUAAUGAUUUUGCUCCUACUGAUUCUUCCAUAAGUUAUAGUAUAAGUGCUAGAGUCAUUGGUAAAGCUUCUGAUUAUAAAUCUUUAUGUAAGCAACAAAUAAUAAAUGCCAAUGAAGAUGAGUAUGUGGUAGCUAAUGAAGAUUAUUGUUAUUUGAGAGUUAUACCGUCUACAAAUUCAAUAUUUGAACUUAAUCGUUCUAUGAUUGAUGAAGAAGCUAAACUGUUUUAUAUUAAUUUGAAACAAAGAAUAGAAGAAAAAUUAGAAUUAGGAAAACAAUUAUCCUCGAUUCCACUUGAAGAAAGACUUUCAGGUCCAACUCCUCCUCCAUUAGAACCAACUGCUAGUGCAUUAGAAAUUUCAAAGAUGGAGCAGUCAUAUUAUUCUAAAAUCAGGAAAGCAAAUGGUCAUCAUAAUAAUGGGUUUUAUGAAGUGUUUUUACCUCAUAGAAAAAAAGUUGUAUUUGGACCUUCAAAAGUAUUAGGGUUGAUUGCAUUCACAACUCGGAAAACUACAUAUAGAGUGGAUUAUACUUCAUUAUCAAAAUUUAACACCACGAAUAAGCCUUUACUGUCUGGAUCUAAGAUAAGUAUACCAUUGGAAAUUACUUAUGUUCCUACUGGUUCAUCAUUGAAUAAUAUACCCGAAUUUAAAAAGAUCACGGUUGAUUUAAUGAUAUUAACCAUCAAGUCAAAGAGAUUACCUAUACCGUUGGUAUUCUUACCAGAAAUGUUAUUUGAGAAUUCUCAAAAGGAAUCAGAUAAUUUUGAUGUGAUUACUAUUAAAAGAUUUCAAAAGUACGCUAUGGAUCUUUCCAAAUUACUUAAAGAAUUCGGUGAAUCAUUACAAGUUGAAAAAGAUCUUAUUUAUGAUCUCAAAUGUUUAGCUAAUUUAUCCACCAAAUAUGAUGUAUUAAAAUUACCGAACGUUUCAUAUAGUGCUCCUGAUUCGAAUGUUAAUAACACAUUGCUUUCUUCAAUCCCAUGGCAGAAAGAAAAUUUGCAUUCAUCUUCAGAACUGAGUGUACGUCAUUUCAAAAAGUUCAACUUAAAUCUAGAUAUUGCUGAUGCCAUACCAGCACCUUCCUCCACACCAGGUUCAAGUGAGUUCUGUUUAGUUCCAGAUUUCCAAUUUUGUUGUUUAUCAAGGUUAUAUUAUUUGAAAUUAACUUUGAAAACACAAGCAAAUGAAAAGAUUAAUUUACAUGUUCCCUUAGUACUCCAAAGAUCUAACGGAAAGCAGUAAACUUGUAUAAAGCAUAUAAUAGAAUAGAAAUUUAUAGAUACAUGUAGAUAUAGAUAAUAUUAGUGUUAACGUAUUUUCUUUUUUUGCAA